GUACUAUAUUAACGGAUGCUUUCAGAAAGCAGCUGUGGUUGUUUGAUUGAUGGUUGUGGAUGUUUUCGUCUAGCAGAGAAGAUAGAAAGAAAGAAAGAAAUGGAUCCGCAGGAGACAGCAGGCAAACCCAUAAGAUGCAAAGCUGCAAUAUGUAGAAAGCCAGGAGAAGCUCUUCUGAUAGAAGAAAUCGAAGUAGCUCCUCCAAAAGCUUUGGAGGUUCGGAUCAAAUUAAUCUGCGCUUCUCUUUGCCACAGUGAUCUUACCUUCUGGAAGCCCAGUCCUGGAUUUCCCUCGUUGUUUCCAAGGAUUUUCGGGCACGAAGGAGUUGGUGUUGUUGAGAGUGUGGGAGAGGGGGUGGAGGAAGUAAAGCAAGGAGAUGUGGUGCUGCCGGUCUUUCUCCCCCACUGUGGGGAGUGCCGUAACUGCAAGUCAUCGAAGAGCAACAUGUGUUCGAAGUUCCUAAUUAAGUUCGGCAAUGGGAUGCCAAGGGACGGAAGCAGCAGGUUCAAGGACUCCAAUGGCGAGCCGAUACACCACUUUUUAUUUGUGUCCAGCUUCUCCCAGUACACGGUUGUGGAUGUCUUCCAUGUCGUCAAGAUAAAUCCCCAGAUGCCUUUGCCAGCCGCCUGCUUGCUUAGCUGUGGAGUGACCACUGGAGUGUAUGCAGCAUGGAAGGUCGCGGAGGUGGAAGAGGGCUCCACGGUAGCCAUCUUUGGGCUUGGAACUGUGGGAUUAGCGGUGGCCGAGGGAGCCAGGACCCAAGGAGCUUCAAAGAUCAUAGGCGUUGAUUUGAAUCCUCACAAGUUUGAACUUGGGAAAAGAUUCGGACUCACUGAUUAUAUCAAUCCCACCUACUGUGUGGAGAAUCGGGUAGCCGAGGUGAUCCGAGAGAUGACAGAUGGUGGUGCUGACUACUGUUUCGAGUGCGUCGGCCUGGCAUCAUUGAUGCAAGAUGCCUUCAACAGCUGCAGAGAGGGUGGCGGAAAGACUGUUGUUCUGGGAGCAGAGAUGCAUGGCUCGCCCCUGAGUUUGGACUCGCGUCACAUCCUCACGGGCAAGACCAUAACGGGCUCAUUGCUUGGAGGUUGUAAUCCCAAGUCUGAUAUUCCAGUCCUUGCCCAAAAGUAUCUCAACAAAGAGGUGAGGUUGGAUGAAUUUGUGACCCAUGAAGUGAGCUUGAGGGACAUAAACAGGGCUUUUGAUUUGCUUCUCCAAGCCGAAUGCCUCAGAUGCAUAAUAUGGAUGGAUAAAUAGGCCCAUUCACACCCCCCCUCACUUGAUACAAGGGUACUCAAUUAUGCUUGGUUUGAAGAAGAGUUGGGUUGGAUUCUGACCCCUAUGAAUCAUUGAUGGCCUAAAAGCUGAGCUGCUACUCACAUUUUUGAGUCAUGCUUGGCAUGACCAGUCACAGUCACUGCCUCACUAUGUAUUGGGCCUAGCCGUCCCGUCAUGGGUAGGCCCACCCCAACUCUCGCUCUUUUGCAUACAUGCAUCGACAUAUUAAGAGAAAAUUAAAAACAAAAAUAAGGAAAGUAUUGUGGGUUGGCUUGUUUGGCCUAAUUGGAAGCCCAGAAGCUGGGUUGGGGCAACUCACCCAUAGUUUAUACGGAAAUAAAAAUAAAUAAUAUUUUUUGAAAAAGUAAAAAACAAAAACACGACAUAAAUAAAAAAAAAUAUAAAGAUCUUCUUAUAAAUAUAAAUUUUAAUAUAAAAAAAUAGUUAUUCAAUUUAAACAUAAAUAUAAAUUUUAUUGUGCAUUUAAAACAAAUUUCAAAAAAAAAUUGUCUCUAAUUUUUUUGUUGAAGAGUCCAAAAUUGCAAAAAUAUCCUAAAAAUAUUUUUCUAACUUUUUUUGACAUUUUGAAAAUAUUGAAAUAACUCAAAAUAUUUUCGUACAUCAUAAACUCACUUAGCUUGUUCAUCCUUUGUUGGGGUUUAGCAGCCCAUCAUCACAAUCUAUCUUCUUAAUGCUAAGCUAAGUUAAUACUAUUAUAAUUUUAUAUUUACAUAAUUUUUUGAUAAUGUUAUUUUUACACUAAUUUUUGAAGGAUAAAUUAUAAAUUAAUAUAGUAAAGUAUUCAAAAUGAAUGAACACCUUCAAUAAAAAUAAUUUUUUGAUUUUCCCCAAUCAUUUUCUUAUUCUCAUGAUAUCAUAAUCAAAUAUGAAUUUUUUAAAUUUUCAAAUAAAAUAUGUCCGACUUCAAAUUGAAAUUUUGAUUCAAUUAAAGAAAGAGUAAGCUUAUUUUUUUCUGGUUCUAAGAUCAAUAGUUUUAGUGGUUGUUAUUGGUAUUUUCCGUACCACUAUUUAUGGGUUGGGCACAACCUAGCAGACUGACCCAAUCGUCAGAAGCCCAAUAAAUCUAAGACCAAACUCAUCAGAAUAAGGUCACAUGUCGCUAAAACUCAAGCUUAGAUCGUGGAGCUAAGUAAGAUUCAAUUGAGCUUUCAUUCUAACAAGCUCCCAACGAGCUUCCAACAAAUCAGCCUAAUCUUUCAGCUCGCUUAAUAACAUUGCUGCUGAAUAACCGGAAGCAAGGACCCAUCUACUUUAUCUAAAACAAACCAGAUUCCUAGUAAUACGGAGCUCAUUCCUGCCUUUAUGGGAUUGAUAAGGACAUAUUGUCUCCAUGAUGACAUUCUUCCAAUUUUUAGAUUUUAUGCAAUUAUAAACACAUUUUACUAUAAACAAGAGUCAAAAAUACUUUUCUGAAAAAGAGAUAAUGACAAGAAUAAUAUACUAUUACUUUGUCGAAAUACCUAAAAAACAGUUGUAGAGUAAACAUUGUUCUAACUGAAUCACGCAAAAUUUCCCUACAUAUCAUUUAUCUUUGCUUCUACUUUGUUUUUCCUCUUUGUGUUUGGACUUAUUCUCUCGUAGCGGGCCUAUGAAUCACGAUCGACUAAUUCUAAACGUCAAUAGUGAUCGACUCGGUUCUUUCAAAUUAUUUCUCAUUAUUAAGAAAAGAUAACAAAGAUAAAAUACAAGUUUCAAAUUAUAACAAUUUCUUUUAAGGAAGUA